GGUAGCAACCCUGACUCAGGCUUUUAUGCCUCGUAUUUUCCUCUGCUUUGUUUACAUUGACACAAAUUUGGCGCCGCAAGUUUUUCGACGAUUCUGAAUGUUGCAUCAGUGAGCUACUCAUCCGAACGAUGUGAUCAUCCACCGGUGAUAACUCCAGGAAGCCAGUCUAAAUGCGACCAGGAUUAUGCGGACUGUCCAAGCCACGGCUCGGCGCACAGCUGGUGGUUGAAAACGGCUGGCGAUUCAAAAUGGUGGCUAACUUGAGAAUCCCUCAUCACUCGCCGCUGUUUACAAUGUGACAUUUCGAACUAUCAAAUCUCAUUUUGUGAGUUGCGGCCGCACAUGGGGAAAGAACAAGAACUUAUAGACGCCGCAAGGAGUGGAAAUAUUGCAACGGUCGAGAGAUAUUUGAGUCAAAGAGCCAAGAGAUCAGGCCCCCUUGCAAGUUUAAGAAGAGGACCUGGAGCUAACGCUCAGGAUCAAAGUGGUUAUACUUCUCUCCAUCACGCUGCUCUAAAUGGCCAUAAAGAGAUCGUUUCGUUGCUGCUGCAGUAUGAAGCCUCCACGAAUGUUGUCGAUCACAAAGGAUCGACGCCGCUCCAUCUGGCGGCAUGGACCGGCAACACCGAUAUCGUUCGAAUGCUCUUGGAACAGGGACCUUCCAUUCCUAACGUUAACCUCGCUAAUCACGAUCGGGAAACGCCUUUGCACUCCGCUGCUCAGUACGGCCACACCGAGGUCGUAUCUUUACUGCUCAAGCAUGAGGCCGAUCCGAACGUGAGAAAUUUAAAGGAUGAGUCCCCUCUGGAUCUUGCAGCCCAGUACGGUCGACUGGAAACUGUCCAGCUGCUCGUGGACUCAGAUCCUUCUUUGCUCAAGAAAUGCACUACGAGGCAUUCGCCACUUCAUUUAGCUUCCAGAAAUGGGCACAAGAACGUGGUCAAGGUCUUACUGGAUGGAGGCUUCGAUGUAAAUUAUACGGCUGAAAGUGGAAGUGCUCUUCACGAGGCAGCCCUAUAUGGCAAAGUAGAAGUUGUAAAAUUAUUACUUGAUUAUGGUAUUGAUGUAAAUUUAGAAAAUAGCUCUAAACGGACUGUAUUUGAUCUCCUGGAAGAUCUGAAUACAACCAUUUCGAAACAAAUAUCCAGGAUUAUUAGAGAUCAUACUACGGUGGUGGGAAAAGUGGAUGACACCAGCAAGUCUCCGUACUCGACGUCUCCUCCUUCUAGUUUCAGCUCGGUGUCAACUUUCGUUCCUACCCCCGAAAAACAGAGUUCCCUCCUUCCUCUAGUCAGAAGUGGAUCCCCUAUGUCCGAGACCACAGAUACCAUGUGUUCCUACAACAGCAGCAAGCGAUCUUCCACAGCCAGCGAUACUCUUCGGAAGUCGCAGGGUUCCAGUUCCGAACACUUGUCGAUGAGCAGCAGAAGUCCAUCGGUGUAUGAGACUCCGCCACUUCCGAGGGACUACGAUGCCGCCUCCGUACACUCCACGUCCACGUACGAGUCUCGCGACGUCAUCACAUCCGCCACGGAAAGUCAGGGUCUCAGCACCUUUUCACCUCCAGAUCCUCAGGGUCCUCCAUCUAGAAUUUCUGUACCGCCUGGUUGGAAACCUCUUCCACCUGCGAAACCGCCUCGUAAAUCCAUCACAUCAUUAUCUCCCAGCGGAAAGACUCAGCAUCACAUUCGGCAGUCAUCGGUUACCUAUGACUCCACGUCUCAAAAUCAAAUGAUGUAUGACCCAUCCGACAUCAUGAUGCCAAGAACUCCCCCCAGUGGCUUUGCCAACUCCGAUUCCACUAGCCUUCACCACCAACAUCAACCAACCACUCUUACAUCUACAAGUCAAUCGCAGAGUGUAACUUCACAGCAACAGCAGCUGUCGAACGGUAAGCUAAGUGACUCUCCGUUCAGUGCCCUCUACGAUGAAAUGGCCAGUGGAAAAGUCACCAGUGGUGGUAUAUCGUCUCUUCUUGGUCCUAAGGCCAUGCAUCGCAGGCGGUUGACCGGUGAAGGACUGAGGCCAGACAAGCCCAUACCGCCAGCCAAACCAAAGACGCUAGAUUUGAGGACCAAACGGCAAACCAUCCAGAUUCCUUUGAGCCCAACCCAUUACCAGCAACCGCCCACACCAGACUUUCCACCUCCAUCGCCUUCUACAGCAGCUUUGGGGAUACACGAAAAAAUCAGACCUCUCAGUCAGGUGGGUAGCGAUCUUCUGAGGUUACCUAGGAAGAUAUUAGCCAAUUUUAGGUAUUGCGAAAUCCGGAACAAAAGGGUUUCCCGAGACAUCGAAACGUUGACAGAGGAUGAACUAUUUGCCACUAUCGAUUCCGGUGGUCACAUACGGGUAUCUCUUCGGAGAGAGAACAAGUCUGUGUCCGUAUCCACGGACAACAUAGAGGAAGUUGUGGACGAUGACCCUUUUGCAGGUCUUUGUCGUGGAUCAACAGUCUGUCCAUCCAGUUGUCCAUGUGACUUCCAAAUGUCACUUCGAAGUCAGUCAGCCACCAGGCAGCAGCAUACCUAUGAUAAUAUGCUUGGUAUGAAUACUCUACCAGAGACCAGAUCCUCCCGCAACUUAAGAAGGGAAAGUCCUUGCUCGGAUCCAGGAGGUCAAGUCUCCAGGUCCACUUCUUAUGACCGGUCAUCUGUUUCAGACUGGGGAGAAGGGUCUGCCGCUACGACUGAUUCAGUCUUCGUUCGUGAUAUGGAAGAAACAUUUGCAAGGACGCUGUCCAGGCUUCGGAAAGAAUUCCAAAGAUCUUCCUUCACUUCGAGUUUCAAUACUGUCGAAGAAUGGUUGAAAAGUCUCGAUCUAGCAAUCUACACAUCGAACUUUGUAGAAAAUGGAUAUGACGACAUUGAUUUCUUGGGAGGUAACAUUCUUGAAGAUGAUGACCUCAUCGAAAUGAACGUAUCGAACAAAGAACAUCGGCAGAAGAUUCUAGAAUCUUGCCAUAGUCUUCCAGCCUUGAAACCGAUCAGUGAGAGUCAAACACCCGAGUCUGUUGGGGAAUGGCUGCGAUCUCUUCAUCUUGACCAGUAUGUUGACACUUUCAGAAGGAACGGGUACACGGAUAUGAGCAAAACAAAGAAGCUGUGGGAUGUUGAAUUAAAAUCGAUUCUUGAAAUUACGAAACCUGGGCACCGAAAGAGGAUACUUACGUCAUUAGGAGAGAAACCUACAAGCCGCCUAUUCGAUGAAUUGAAAGAUUUCAGUCUGUCAAAACUGGAUUGGAAUCUUGGUACCAUAAGCGGCGUAUCUACAACUGACGAACCUUCUUCUUCUGGGGACGAAUCGAGAACAGUGGACAUCAUGAGAGGAGACACAAGUAUUCGCAACUUCACCACCAAUGGCAGUUUGUCAAGGAACGAAUCUCCACCACUUGUGUCUGCUUUGAAGAUUCGCCCUCCCACGCAGCUAAUGGGUGACACAUCCCCCCAGCAGACUUUACAGGAAUUGCCUCCAUCUUUUAAUUCCACCCAGUGGAAGCAUCAACCUGAUGUACUGGUGAAGGGAAGUUGCAACUAUACUGCCAAAUACCUUGGAUCAACGCUGGUGAAAGAGGUCCGUGGCCUUGAAUCGACGAGGAAAUCUAUCCAGAAACUCAAGAGUUCUACUCGAGACAUGAACAAAAUACCCAACGUCAUUUUAUCCAUAUCUCAUACCGGUGUCAAAUUUAUAGACGCACAAGCAAAGAAACUGGUGUGCGAGCAUGAGAUACGAAACAUCCACUGCGCAUGUCAGGAUGCUGAUGAUCUUAACCAUUUUGCAUAUAUUACAAAGGAGCAUCAAACUACAAAUCACUAUUGUCAUGUAUUCUGUGCUCAGAAUAUGGAUAUGGCUACAGAAAUCAUCCUGACUCUAGGACAAGCUUUCGAGGUGGCCUACCAGAUGGCGAUCCGGGAGAAACCGGAAAAGUCCGGUAAAAAAAGCGAGUCAGGCACGGCGUCCUGCGGUGACGACCAGAAGAGGUACGUCAGCCAGAUAACCGUGCAUUUAGUGCAGAAAACCCCGGAGAAAAAAAAUAUGGACACUGAACUCAAGAUUGCUGAGUCGUGACGUUAACAUUAAUAC